AUGAGUGAGGUGUAUGUGAUUGGUUGGUGCAGUUUUGGUUGGUGCAGUUCUGGUUGUUGCUGGGGAGGGCGAGGGCUGCGGGAGCCAAAUAAUGGCUGCAAGCUAUUUGUGCUCAUGUUGGGGUCGUAUUGUGUUGCUUUGUUGAGGCUGUAUGAUCUGGUUGAUGUUUGCAUUUGGGUCGAUUAG